AGUUCAAAUAUAAUUUAGAAAAGUAUGCUGCGAAUUUAAUUGCGAAUUGAUUCAGCGACUACGGCGACAUCUUUUGGUUUAUAAUUAUUGGUUAUGUUUUUCGAGCGUCUUGAAAGUGCUGGUGCUCAAGUGUGCUCAAGAUUCGAGCGAAUCAAAGAAUAGUAUAACUGGAAGAUUCGCAACAGGCAUUGUUUGAGGUUAUAUAAAGACAAAAUGAAAAGAUCGCAUUCGCGAAGAGACGAGGAGGAGAGCGAAGAACACUAUCGCAAGCGCAAGGAUCACAAGCGUGACGACGAUCACAAGGAGUCCAGGCAUAAUGGCGAUCACAAGAGCUCCAAGCAUCACGAUGAUCACAGAAGUUCCAGACGUAACGACGAACACAGGAGUUCCAGGCGGGACGAUCACCGCGGCUCCAGGCGUGAAGACGAUCAUCGGGGAUCUCGGCGUGACGAUCACAGAGAUCGUAGGUACAACGACGAACGUGAAGAUGCCAGGGACAGCGACGGCGAAGCGGGCGGCAAGCGUGAUUCGCUGCGGGAGGAGAUCGGCAGCAGGUACUACGGGGAACCGGACAAGACGCGAGAGAACCCAGCAGAGGUCAAACAAAAGCGAGCGGCGGAUCUUUUGACGUCGAAGACGGGAGGCGCGUAUAUCCCGCCUGCCAAGUUGCGUAUGCUUCAAGCAGAAAUUACCGACAAGUCGGGAGCUGCUUACCAGCGCAUCGCAUGGGAAGCUCUAAAGAAGUCCAUCCACGGAUACAUCAACAAAGUUAACACCAGCAAUAUCGGGAUCAUAACGCGGGAGCUGCUGCGCGAGAACAUUAUUCGUGGUAGAGGUUUGUUAGCACGAUCUAUCAUUCAAGCGCAAGCCGCGUCACCAACGUUCACGCCAGUUUAUGCAGCGCUGACAGCUAUAAUAAAUUCCAAGUUUCCUAACAUAGGUGAACUAGUGCUUUCGCGACUUGUAUUACAGUUCAAGCGUGGAUUUAAGAGGAAUGAUAAACCUUUAUGUAUAUCCUCAGGAACUUUUAUAGCACAUUUAGUUAAUCAGCGUGUAGCUUAUGAGAUUAUUGCGUUGGAAAUCUUGACUCUGCUGCUGGAAACGCCGACGGACGAUUCCGUCGAAGUGGCCAUAGCGUUCUUGAAGGAAAGCGGAAUGAAACUGAGAGAGGUUUCGCGAAGAGGUAUUGAAGCCAUCUUUGAAAUGCUGAGGAAUAUAUUGCACGAGGGACAAUUAGACAAGCGAGUCCAAUAUAUGAUAGAAGUUAUAUUCCAGGUCAGGAAAGAUGGAUUUAAGGAUCAUGAGGCUGUGCCAGAAGAACUGGAUCUUGUGGAGGAAGAAAAUCAAAUAACACAUUUGAUAAAAUUAGAUGACGAAAUAAAUGCGCAAGAUAUAUUAAACGUGUUCAAGUUUGACCCAGACUAUCUUGCCACUGAAGAAAAAUAUAAACAACUAUGUAAAGAAAUUCUUGGCUCGGAUGUCAGUGACUCUGAAGGCGACGAUGAAGAUGGAGAGGGAGAGAGCUCAGACGAAGAAAGUGGCACAGAACAAACUGAGGGAAAGGAAGGAAUUAUAGUCGAUAAUACGGAAACAAAUCUGACUGCGUUACGACGAACUAUAUAUCUGACAAUACACUCGUCGCUCGAUUUUGAAGAGUGUGCACAUAAGUUGAUGAAAAUGCAACUUAAACCUGGGCAAGAGAUCGAGCUAUGUCAUAUGUUUUUGGACUGUUGCGCGGAGAUGCGGACAUAUGAGAAGUUCUUUGGCCUUUUGGCCGGUCGGUUUUGCGCGAUUAAUAAAAUGUAUGUGACUCCAUUCGAGCAAAUCUUUAGGGAUUCUUAUCAAACGAUACACCGCCUCGACACCAACAAAUUGCGCAAUGUGUCAAAGUUUUUCGCGCAUUUAUUGUUCACAGAUUCGAUAUCGUGGAGCGUUCUUUCGUGCAUAAAACUGAACGAAGAGGACACCACGAGUUCCAACAGAAUAUUUAUCAAGAUCUUGUUUCAAGAGCUGUCUGAGUACAUGGGUUUAGCGAAGCUCAAUGAACGGGUUAAAGACAUAACGUUGCAAGAAGUGUUUGAAGGACUAUUUCCUAGAGACGACCCGAAGAACACACGUUUCGCAAUCAACUUCUUCACGUCGAUCGGCUUGGGUGGUUUGACGGACGAUUUGAGGGAACAUUUAAAGUCGCAUCCAAAACCAGUUGUUGUGCCAGUCUUAACUACCAAGCAGGAGGAGCUCUCAAGUUCUGAUGAGUCUAGUUCGUCAUCCAGCUCCAGCUCGUCUGGUUCGACGUCAACCGAUUCUUCUUCUUCGUCGUCGUCGUCGUCGUCGUUGUCGUCGUCAUCGGAGGAGGAAGAUAAGGUUCCGGCAAAGAAAAAGAAAAGAGUACAGCAUAAACGAAAAGAAAAGAAAUCGUCUAAGCCAAAGGACAAGAAAGAAGAGAAAUCUAAGAAGACACAAAGCAGGAAGAAGGAGAGAGGCAAGACAUCGAAAAAGGACAAAUAAAACAGAUAGGAAUUAAUUAUUGUAAAAAUACAUUCUUUAUUUAUAAGUUAGAUAAGUAUGAUAAGUAUGAUAAGUAUUCUGUAUAAAUUAUAUUCUAUGACUGACAUUUUACAAAUUUAGAGUUCCAAAUGAGCAGGAAUAAUAAAUGGAGAUACAAUAUUUUA